CGUUUUUUCUUUCUUUUGUCCAUCUUUCUGCUAAAUGUUAGCUUCUGACUUUCAAAUUGCUGCACUUUGUGAGCAAGGUUAUUACGGCGCCAAGUCGAGCCUCGGCGCCCAUAUACCUUGAAAUUGACUAGUCGAAAAAAGUCAAUAACUCCUGAUGUACAUAUAUUUUUUUUAAAAAAUAUAUGAUGGCCAUGGCCCUGUUUGGCUUAUCUUAUUUUCAGGCAUAAUAAUCUUUUCUUCUGGAAAAGAUACGUAAAUGUGUACAAUAUUUUCUUUUUUUUUUUGAAAAUAAAUGACUUAUUUCUACAAAUAAAGAAUAUUAAAGACUUAUUACAUAUGUUAUACUAAAAAAUAUAUUAUGUAAAAUAUGAACUUUUUUCUAAAAUAAGUCCUUAUUUUUGUAAAAAAUGGUACUAAUUCAAAUAAAAAGUAAUAGACAAUAAAUUCAAAUACCAAAAGUCAAGCAUCCAUAAGCAAAUAAAAACAUAAUAAGUGCAAUAAAUUAAUCACAUAUAGGCCUCCAUCUCAAAGUCAUGAAAUACUCCAUCUUCUCGAGUAUUCAUCUUGGAUGGAUAGGGAGGCACACUAUAAUCAUCUCCAACAUCCCCAUCAUCAGUAGGAGUAUUGUCUUCAGCUCCCCCAUGUAGUGUUUCGUUGAGUAUAGGUACACACAUCACUAGUUGACAACCUUUUUUAGCUUUUCUUGGAAGAGGGCGUCUUUUAAGUGCUUUGAGGCACCUGAAGCUAUAUUAACCGCACUCCAAAACCUAUCUUCAAUUUCGGUGAUCCACUCAUUAGUCCAUGCCGAGUCAUCAAAUAUGAGUGGAUUAAUUAUUUUUUUUCCAAGUUCAUGCAUCUUUUGAAUUUCUGUUUGUAUUGAACAUACACCAAAUUAUUCAAACGUUGAUGUUCUAACAUAUUCCUCUUUUUUGUAUGUAUCUAAAUUAAUCAAAUAUAUAAAAUUUAAAUUUGAUUAGGCAUCAAGUAUAAGUAGUUGCAAAUUGGCCAUAAAUCCGUCUUACAUGUAAAAAAACUUUAAAAGGAUUAAUUAGAAGAAACAAAAGAUAAUAAAUAAUAGAAUUAUCAAAAUAAUUAUAAACUUAAAUCGAAAAGCAGAUAAUUAAUUAAUAAAAUUAUAUACAUGGGAAAAAGAUUUACAUAUAUGUAUCUAUCGAUGUAUAUACACAUUGUCAAAAAAGAGAAGAAGAAAGGGGAAGAAAGAAGAUGAAGGAGAGAUACAGAGACGAAGAAAGAAAGAAGAAUGGAGAAGGAAGUAGAAGGGAGAAGGAGAAAGGAGAAGCGAGUAGCUUGCCAGAAUCACGUCGACAUUGGAAAAGAAGCCGCCGUCCCAGUCGUACAUCUUUUACUCGUCAAGGGGGUGAUAGACCUAGAUCCUACUACCAGGGCCAAAGGUCAGAUCCAAGAAUGGUUCUAGAGAGACAAGGCAACAAUGAUCCUAGAUCUCAUCCUGGUGACCCAAGAAUGGGUUCGGACAGACAAGGCAACAAUGAUGCUAGAUCUCAUCCUGGUGAAGAAGAUAUGGAGAUUGGGUAUGAAGAUAAACCCAUGCUGCAGACCUUUGAGGGUCUUGAACAAAGAUUUCUGGAUGACAUCAUGAAACUAGCUAAAGAACAGACUGAUGCAGAGGAUGCUGAGAAUGCUAGGCACAGGGAGAGCAUAAACUCCAUCAAUUGUCAGUAUCAGGAACAACUUGAUGCGCUUCGAGCCCGGCAUGCAGCUCGAAGAGAUGAGAUCCUUAAGAGAGAAACUGAAGCACGUCAACAGCAGUAUCAGACAGUAGUGCUGGACAACUACCCUAACAGUGGAAUGGUCCAUAGCGACCCCCAUGGUUAUCCUGCUGCGGAACCACAUCAGUACGAUCCCUACGUUGAACGGGCUCGAUUUCCGGUCGGGUAUAGGGACCAUGGGCUUGAUCAAAGAGGUCAAUACCAUGGCCCCCGAGUUCCUGAAGCGGGAUCACGUUAUCGCUGAUUUGGUAAAAUGUAGCACAACAUAAUCCUGUAGGGCUUUGAUAUUACCUGUAGUGUUGCUUGUACCUGCAUAAUUUAGCCAUUUGAUGCUGGUUGUUUUAUGUUUGUAAUGCUUCUUUAGAAAGAAUAAAACUCUGUGCUAGCUUAGCUAUUUGAGUAGCUGAAACUCUGUACUAGAUUAGCUAUUUGAGGAGCUGUCCGUUGAAAGCCCCCGGUUUCUUGGAUGUUUUGCAUCUGAUCUAUGUUUCUUUUAUAGAAUUUGAAAUAUUUGUUGAGGCGAAUGUCAACGGUUUUGGAAGUUUAGCUUA